ACAAAGGCGAUGCUUUCAAAAGCAAAUUUCCAAGUUCGUUUACUGGAAAGUUGCUGUACAGCAAUUCCAUUUCCACCAGGAAUGCAGGAACAACACCAACACGGCGUGCCCUUAUUUCUUCCGUGCUUGGUCGGAAGGCGGAGAAAGGGACUACUGUUAUUCCUGACCCUGAUUAUCGAAUUCCAGUUGUGGUUUUUGGAAUGGCUGGUGGUUUUGUUUAUGCUGAUAAUUUAGUAGCAGCAGUACCUGUUGGCCUUCUGGGGUUGCUCCUACUAGUCCAGGCAACAAGAGUGAGAUUCGUCUUUGAUAAUGAAGCCCUGGAAGUAAAAGUUGGAGAUCAGCUUCAAGAGUCGGGUGAAAAUGUUUUUGUAGGUGGAAAAAACCGGUGGAAGUAUUCAACAUUUGUAAACUGGGAGCUCUGGUGGCCAUCGUUCCCAAUCCUGGUUUAUUUCAAAGAGACACAGACAAAACCUGAAGGACAAAUCCAUUUUUUCCCUGUAAUAUUUAAUGGGAAACAACUCUAUAAUGCUUUAGUGGAAAGAUGUGGUCCUUCAAAAACUAGCGGACCCAGCUGAAAUGAGAUGGGCAACUGUGUUCAAACAAUAGCAAGAGUGGAAGCUGAGAUUUGCAAAGUUGAAGCAAACAGAAGAAAUGAACCAAGAAGAGGAAUGUAUCAUGUUGCUACUGUGUUUAUAUGCAUAUAGAGGAAUGUUAUGUUGUAAUUCUAAUAUCUUAUGUGGAAGGAUCAAUUGGAAAAAAGAAAAAAAAAAGUUAUGUAUAAUACAAAAGGAUAGAUAAUUGCUUGAAAAUUAUCACAAUGAUUGAAACUUUGCCGCUA